GCCCCUUCCGGCGGCGCGACGGUCACGCCCCUUCCGGCGGGACGUUGGUCACGCCCCCUCCCGGAGGUCUCCCUUCCGUGCCGGUGGGGCGGAGCGGCAUGGGGGUCACCUGCGUGGCGCAGAUGCCGGUGGCGGAGGGGAAGAGUGUCCAGCAGACGGUGGAGAUCCUGACGCGGAAGCUGGAGGUGCUGGGGGCCGAGAAGCAGGGCACCUUCUGCGUGGACUGCGAGACCUACCACACCGCCGCCUCCACCAUCAGCAGCCAAGGGCAGACAGGCAAGUUGAUGUAUGUGAUGCACAACUCCGAAUAUCCCCUCAGCUGCUUCGCUCUCUUUGAAAACGGUCCCUGCCUCAUAGCAGAUGCCAACUUUGAUAUCCUUAUGGUGAAGUUGAAAGGCUUCUUCCAAAAUGCCAAGGCGAACAAGAUAGAGAGCCGGGGCACCCGCUACCAGUACUGCGACUUCUUGGUGAAGGUGGGCACGGUUACAAUGGGGCCCAGCGCCCGUGGGAUAUCUGUGGAGGUGGAGUACUGCCCCUGUGUGAUAGCCAACGACUGCUGGAACCUGCUCAUGGAGUUCAUGCAGAGCUUCAUGGGGAACCACACUCCCGGCAUCCCAUCCGUUUUUGGCACCAAGCACGACAGCGUCUACAGCCCAGCGGACACGAUGGUUCAGUACAUGGAGCUGUUCAACAAGAUCCGCAAGCAGCAGCAGGUGCCUGUAGCGGGGAUCAGAUGAAAGGACUCCCUGGAGCCUGGUUUAGAGAGACUGCAUCCUCUUUUCUGCCUGCCCAUCUGGAUCAAGAGUCCCUCCAAAAAGCAGCGCUGGAGGCAGCCCAAGGUGGUUUUUUUGUUGUGGUUUUGUUGUGGUUGGUUUUUUUUCCCCUUCUCAAUCUCUUUCCUCUGUUUCAAAGCAAAGGUCUUGAAUGCUACGCAUGUUUCUUGUUGUCCUUCAUGUCUCUGAGCGUUUCUGAGAUCAGGCCCGUGGUUCUCUUGGUUCUUAGAUCAGUGCUUCACGCAGGGGAUUGCUGUUUGUCGGCAGGAGGAGGGAAAAGGAGAAAUUCCAGCCAAAUGCACCCAAGGGCAGAGUUUCCUUGACUGCAAACAGCUACAUGAGAGAUGUUUUUUAAAAUUUUCUUUUAGAUAUCCACGUGAAAGUGUCUUGUUGUUUUUCACCAAAAUAAAACACUGAAUUUUGUGAGGA